AUGUUGACCCUCAGCGAUACGCAGAAGGUGGGGCUGGUGAUGACGAGCUUUGGGGCGUUCUGCACUGCCUUCGGCAUCCUUCUGAUGAUGGACCGCGGCCUCCUUGCCCUGGGCAACGUGUGCACCCACCCUCUUGUACUCCUCAUACUGUUCGUGACAGGGUCGGUGCUGCUUGUGGGCUUGGACAGGGCGUCUUCGUUCUUCCUCGAGCAGAGUCGGCUGAAGGGCAGCGUGUGCUUUUUCGGCGGGAUCGUGUUCGUGCUCAUCAAGUGGCCCAUCCUCGGCCUUCUCGUCGAGGUGUUUGGCUUCGUUAAUCUUUUCGGGUAG